AAGUCCGAGAAAUUAUAUUAAUAUAACUAUAAUGAUUUCUUUCGUUUAAUUAAUGUAACCAAGAUCAUUUCCUUCUGGAUAAUAUAAAGGGGACAACCAAAACCGAAGCCUUUGAGUUCCGCUGAUUUUGGACUGUGGAGCGGCUUAAAGCUCGUGUUCAAUAAAGAAAUGUUCAUGAUCACUCAAGACGACAUGCGUAAUUCCACUAGAAUCGUGAAUAGUAAUGGCAUGAUGGUAUUGAUACAUCACAGAAUGGAUUAUCCUGGUCUUAAUACUAAUAUGUACACCUUGCAAGUGAACCAUGAGUUGGAGAUCGCCAUAAAACCGGAACUCAUUCAAAAGCCAGCAGGACUUCAACAUCGUAAUAAGGAGAAACAGUUAGUCCCCGUAUGCAUAGCGGAGGAUCAGAACACUUUGGAAUACUUUUCUGUUUAUCGCUACUCGAAUUGUUACGCAAAUUGUAGAAUCAAGGCCAUGAUACGGCUAUGCGGAUGCUUACCAUUCAUCUACGACAACAUAGCUGAAUCCUACAACAUCUCACGUUGCGAGAUAGAACAUUUGUCUUGCAUCCAGAGAAAUGCGAAAUUGAUAGGUAUCGUGAAAGACAUACAGAACGAGAAUUUCUCCUGCUCUUGUAGAACUCCGUGCGAGAACAUGAACUACGAUAAUUCUCCUAAUUUGAUAUCUCUGACGAAAGCCAGCCUCCCGAAUACGACGGACAAAAGUGCUGCGAUUAAAGUUUACAUGUAUUCGCAAACUUUCCAGAUACUGCUAACCCUAUCAGCCGCCGACGAAACUUAUCUCUUAGCAUCAGUCGGUGGAAUCUUUAGCUUGUUCCUUGGAUGCAGCUUCCUCAGCGUCGUGGAGAUCGUUUACUUCGUUUACCUAUAUUGUCGCGCAAUCUUCGCGCGUAAGAGGCACGAGAUUCAAACAGACGACACAACCAACGAGAUCUUUGUAAACGGUCGCCGACGUGUUUAUUAAAUGUCAAUAAAUUCCUCGAACAAAUCUAGCAACGUUCUCUUUCCCUGCGAGAAUACUUUUGUAUCGAAACUGUGGAUUUUUCCGAUACCGCAGGCUAAUAAUUUGACCGAACGAUUCGUUACGUGGAUUCCACACGCGGUUUAUUGUGUAAUUCAGGCAAGCACACGUAGUCAGCGAGAAUCUGGAGCAAUUAGAUCUAUUUCGAGCGAUUACUGGAACGCCAACGGAGGCAACGUUUACCACCCAUCGACCAGUAAAAAUAUUUGCCACGCCGUGUUUUCGCUUUGAUGUUCUAUCCUCGUGGUUAUGUCACUUGGUCGGACAGACCUUUAAUCAACAGAUCCAAGAACUACGAAUUCCUGGAUUACGAGCGAGGAUGGUUAAUUGCUGUCUCGGUGCAGCGUACUUGUCUCGAUCCGUGUCGAAACCGGAAGUCACGCUUCCCCCGUUGCCUGCCAGCGUAAUUAAUUCUCGUCGUGGCCGUGUAAUACGAUAGGAACGUUUUGAAAGCGAUCUAGAGCGGCCGUGAAAAGUUCUGUAAAAUUAUGCGACGAGAGAUAGGAAAAUGUACGUUUAUUCGACGGCGGAGGAGCAGGAAAGGCGGAGGAUAAUGUUUCUCGUUGUGAUACAUCGAAGGAAGGGAAGGCGACUAACGUUCCUUAACGAUAUUCUAUUUAUAAGUAAAAAUAUUCGAGACACUCGAAAUCGACGGCAGAAUCGGUAACACGAUCCACGACAAGUAGCAGCGAAUAAGUUGCGUAAUAACCGUGGAAAUUCGGUCAGUAUCGCGUGGACGUGUUCAUACCGUGGAAAUAUUCAGGAUAGGUGAGAUGUGUUCAUAUCGUCUAUUUUCGGAAGUGCUAUCGAAAAUACCGAUUUAGUUUUCUGUACAUUGGACGUGUUACCACCGUUGUGUAGCGACGAAAAGAGCUGGAACCAUCGGUCGCUAUUUUCGACUUAACACCCACGUAUUUCUUAACCAUCGUACGUAUACCCCAAGAUGUUUUCUAUCUUCGCGCGAGCACUCGAUAUUUUUUCCUCGAUUUUUCAGCCGAGUAUUUCUUCCCCCUUUAUUUGGUUUCCAACAUUUACACACAGAGUUUGGCUCGCCAUCGGCCGAACGCGUUUCCACGUGUGUAACCAGCCCCGAAUAGUCGUCCCUGUGCGGUACAAUUUUUCAAAUUUACGAGAGAAAGAUAUACGGGUCCCUUUGAUCAUCGUACUAGUACAGUCACGCCCCUGUUUCUGAUGAAACCACCUUAAAUUUGGCUAUUCCUUUUAUUAGAAAUAGAACUAUCUCUUUGACGUCCAAUUAUCGUGUCCGUGAAAUACAUAAAAUCGUGGGGAAAAAGGGUAGACGAACAUGAAACUCAUAGAGAACGUUGAAAGAGCUUAAGUGGGUUACGCUUGUCUCCUUCAUUUUGAAACAGGUAUCGUCGCGAAUGCGACGCGGAAAGGGAGCAAUCGUUAAUUGGAUGAAGGAAAAACUGGUAUCUGACAUAUCCUGAGUAAUCGUAGAUCUAUCAAGGAUAUCUGGUUAUCGACGAACGUGUGUGGUAUUCUUCGUGCUUCUUACUUCACUCCUAAAAUCAACAAAAAUAAAAAUGAUAAUAUACAACACUUUACUACGAAGCAGAGAUUUUGUUGUAAAGUAGCAGAGUGCACCAUUGUUGCGGAGACUUCAAUGAUCACUACAAUAGGAAGCAGGCCUUACGUAGCAAUUGUCUACAAGGGAUAAUCGCAAGCGAACUUACCAUAGCAAGGAAUGUAUUCUAGAGUUAAAACAAUCCCGAGUACAACAACCAGAGGCAAAUCAGCAAGAGGAUCAAUAUAAAGUACGUGGUUAAGAUGUUUUUCGUUUCGUGGGCUGCCUGUGGCAUUUUUCGGCAUUCACAGAGGACGAUUCACGACACUAAAGAAAAAUCAAUAUCAGGUGUAAUCACGAUAUACAUAUACUCAAAAUAUUAAUACCCAAAAUAUUAAUCGUUGUGUUCAGUAUUUCUUUUUUAUUCCUUCUGCCGCCUCUUCCGUCAAUCGAUCGAUUAAACGAAAG